GCACGCUCGAGUGUGUGCGUGUAAGUGUUUGUGUGUUUUUGUGUGUGUGUGUGUGUGUGUGUGUCAUUGGGAAUUCACCUGGAUGACGUCACACGUUCACUGCACACUGCACACUGCACCGCGCGCUGCCGUGGAGCCGCAGUACGGAGCCGAGCAGUCACAGAGGACACAGCGGAGACAGAGGCAGAGGACAGAGGAGACAGAGGAGACAGAGGAGGCAGAGGAGACAGAGGAGGCAGAGGCAGUCAGUUUGAAUGAACAGCAGCGGACUCGAACACUUCCUGAAGCACACCCAAAGAGAGAGUUUUUGAAGUGGCACUUCCAGGAAAGACCGAGGUUCAAACACCAAACCCGCGACCAACCCGAGGCGGCUCAGCGGAAGAGAGGAGGCGUCGGUGAGUGGUCACCAUGGCACCCUUCCUGCGUAUCUCUCUUAAUGCUCAUGACAUGGGCGUUUUGACUCCUCAAUCUGAACCUCCCAUCUGUGCCGUCAAGAUGAAGGAGUCUCUCGACACAGAGCGAGGAAAGACCCUGGUCCAGAGGAAGCCCACCAUGUAUCCAGGAUGGAAUUCCAAUUUUGAUGCUCACAUUUAUGAGGGGCGUGUCCUAGAACUGGUUCUCAUGCAGAAGACUGAUGAGCCAUUGGCCAAGGCCACAGUGGGCGUGUCUGUACUGGCAGAACGCUGUAAAAAGUCCAAAAGCAAUGGACGUUCUGAGUUCUGGGUGGACCUACAUCCUUCAGGGAGGAUCCAGAUGGCUGUACAGUACUUCCUGGAGGACGCUGAUGCAGUGUCUAUGAAGCGGUCGGUGAAGCUUCCUCCGGAGGAUGGAGUCAUGACCCUCAACAGGAGGAGGGGAGCUUUCAAGCAGCCCAAGGUUCACAUGAUCAAGAACCACGAGUUCUGCGCCACUUUCUUCGGCCAGCCCACCUUCUGCUCUGUGUGCAGAGAGUUCCUCUGGGGGCUCAACAAGCAAGGAUACAAGUGCAGACAAUGCAAUGCUGCAAUCCACAAGAAGUGCACCGAAAUAAUCAUUGGCAGGUGCACUGGAACUGCAACGAACAGCCGUGAUACUGUGUUCCAGAAAGAGCGCUUCAAGAUUGAUAUGCCACAUCGUUUCAAGCACUACAACUACAAGAGCCCUACUUUCUGUGACCACUGUGGCAGUCUGCUGUGGGGUCUCUACAAACAGGGCCUCAAAUGUGAUGACUGUUGCAUGAACGUACACAGUAACUGUCAGAAGAAAGUGGCCAAUAUGUGUGGAAUCAACCAGAAACUCCUGGCAGAGGCUCUGUCUCAAGUCGCCCAGAAAUCUAUCAAGAAGCCAGAUGACUCCAAUGCAUCAGACGUUGGGAUCUACCAAGACAUCCAAAGUGCAAUAGUAGACCCUAGUGCUGGUAACGGGAAGGCAGGAGAGGGCGUGAGUCCAGUCCCAGUGGCCUCUACAGUCCCCCGGGUACACCUCACCCUGAACCACCUUGUGUUCCACAAGGUGCUGGGCAAAGGCAGCUUUGGAAAGGUACUGCUGGCAGAGCUGAAGGGCCAGGGUAAGUACUUUGCCGUGAAGGUUCUGAAGAAGGAUGUCGUCCUCAUGGAUGAUGACGUGGAGUGCACCAUGGUGGAGAAGAGAGUCCUGGCCCUCGCUUGGGAGAACCCCUUCCUCACACACCUCUACUCCACGUUCCAGUCUAAAGAGCACCUCCUCUUUGUGAUGGAGUACCUGAAUGGGGGCGACUUGAUGUUCCACAUCCAGGACAAAGGGCGCUUUGAUCUCAACAGAGCCACAUUCUAUGGUGCUGAGAUUAUAGUGGGCCUGCAGUUCCUUCACUCAAAAGGAAUCAUCUACAGAGAUUUGAAGCUGGACAAUGUGAUGCUGGACAAGGAUGGACACAUAAAGAUUGCAGACUUUGGCAUGUGCAAAGAGAACCUGUUUGGAGAGGCCAGAGCCACAACAUUUUGUGGAACACCAGACUAUAUUGCACCAGAGAUCCUGUUAGGACAGAAGUACACCUUCUCAGUGGACUGGUGGUCUUUUGGUGUGCUAGUGUAUGAGAUGCUGAUUGGUCAGUCACCUUUCCAAGGUGAUGAUGAGGACGAGCUGUUUGAAUCCAUCAGGUCAGACACCCCUCACUACCCUCGCUGGAUCUCCAAGGAGGCCAAGAACCUGAUUGAACUGUUGUUUGAUCGAGACCCCAGUCGAAGGUUGGGCGUGGUGGGAGACAUCCGUAAACACCCCUUUUUCAAAUCCAUCAACUGGCCAGUACUGGAGAGGAGAGAGAUGGACCCCCCUUUCAAGCCCAAAGUGAAAUCUGCCAGUGACUGCAGCAACUUUGACAGAGAGUUCCUAAGUGAAAAGCCUCGCCUCUCACACGCAGACAAGAACCUCAUCGACUCCAUGGACCAGGCCGCAUUUGCUGGCUUUUCCUUUGUCAACCCCAAGCUAGAACAAAUGAUAACCAAGUGAACAAGCAAAAUGGUUUCCCUGGAAGCACGGUCCUAGCCCAGCAAACCAAAACAGGUUGAUAUCCUAAUCUCAUAUCAACUGGAUGGGCGACAAGAACGUGAAAAGAUUUGGGCUGGACUAUGACCUAUGCACUUCCUCUGUCAGAGGAUGAGAUAAAAUAAUACUGUUGUUUGCCAAUGUUUAAAGCGAUAAUCAUGUCUCAGCGGUCAAACAUUUAAAGGUGUAUAAAAGAGUCUAAAGCUGAAGGAAAUUAAGGGAGAUUCUAAAAGAAACCAAUGUUACUUUAAUCAAUACUGGGGGGGUGGUCAAUUCUGCAGUUUGCUCUUUCUUACUUUUCUGUGAUCUUGUUCUUCUUGUCAUGAUCACAUCUUGAAUCUGUACAAAUCGUCUAUUGGACAGAAUUUGAAUGAAUUUCUCUACAUUUGAAUUCAUAGGCAUGUGCACACGCCCCUUAUUUAGUCAUACAAAUAUAUCCACCCUGCACCGCACACGCAUGUCAGGAGAAGUCAGUGGUACAGACAGUAUUCACUCUCACCCUGUGUUGCUUUGCCUGUUGCAUGCCCGCUUGCACAUCCCCAUCUGGGAGUGUGUGUUAGCACAUGCAUCCCGGUGUGUGGGUGUGUGCAGGUAUUUUCUUAGAUGCAAAUUGUGCUGCUGUGCCCGGUAACAUUGUCUGCUUUACAAUGAAACCUUGGUUUAUCCAGUCGUCAUAGGAAGAAUUGUAGCACAAAGCUGGGAGAGGGAGAAUGGGGGGUUGUUAAAUCCCCCUGAAUUAAGCUUGUUGAGGAGCUUUUCCCCUCACACUGCACAUACACACACACCUCAAAGAGUGUGAGAAUUUAACGCAGAUAUCUGCAUGUUGUCUUAUUUUCUCUUUCUCUGCCAAUGAUGUCAAACCUCCAGCUGCUCAUCAAACUAAAGCGUAACGUAAAACAAUCGAUCCUCAUGUCAUCCUCGGGUGCAUUUCCUGGGGUGUCAGCAGACUUACUGGGAAGAGCUGUAGCAACGGUGUGGUACUAUACCUGAAGUAUGUGUCUAGAAGGAUGUGUCAUUUUGUGUAGGAGGGAGGGGCUAAUGUCACUGGAAACACAAAAUUCUUUGAGAUGUAUUAUAUUACUUGAAUGUAGGAAUUUUGAACAUGAGAAUAAUAAUGCUGUCUAUGUAAAAAAAAAAACAUUAUGUACGUAACCAUGAGCUGUCUCCUGAGUUAAGGGUCUACUUUUUUUACUCUCCUGGUCUUUUACAUCUGAUUAUAAAUAAAUAUAAUAUAAACUCAAAA